AUGCUCCUGCCCACAGCCAGGCGCUGUGCGCCGGGCUUCUGGAAGAAGACUGGUCAGGAAUUCCAGAGAGCGACCAAGUUCGCCCUGAAUCUCGAGGGUCUGCAACUACCCACUGCCCCAUACCCUAUAUUUGAUUUCGCAGACCCAGAAACCAUCAGCACCUUAAAAACCAUGACCGAUCGAUCAGUGGGCGGCUUCUCGACCGCAGAGUUGACACAGAUGCCCGCCGACACCUCCUCACACCCUCCUACCCCGGCGCAUGUACUGUUUCGUGGCAAUAUAUCCACGAAGCUUCCUGCAAACCGACCGGACGUCCAAAGAACAGGAUAUGCGGCGUGGCGGAAUAAGGAUCGUGGGCGCACACUCUUCGGCGAGCUUUUCUGGAAUGUCGACUCUUACAUGUACCUGGCGCUACGGGUGAAGAGCGACGGAAGGAAAUAUGUUGUCAAUAUUCAAACUGAUUCGAUUGUUGAAUCAGAUCUACAUCAACAUCGACUGUAUACGAAAUAUCACAAGGGCGCCGAAGGACCAGAUGAUCCCGGUCAGUGGGAGACUGUUUGGAUCCGGUUGCAUGAAUUUGUUCGCACCAAUCAUGGUGUCGUCACCGAGCCGCAGUCAGAAAUGUUGCGACAGAAAGUGAAGAGCGUUGGGAUCGGACUCCUUGACAGGAAACCGGGUCCGUUUGAACUCGGGAUUGCAGCUGUGUGGGCCACGAACCUGAAUGAGAGGGGCCAGGUAGACGGGCGAACGGGUUGGGAAGAAGGGGAUCAAGGGAGUGCGAGACUGAGUGAAGUGACAGAAGAGAAGCUUGCACAGAAGCUUGAAGAGAGGAGAAACCUACCACAGGAAAAGAAAAGCUUCCGAGAGAAAGUGCCACAUUUUGGUAAAGUGGGCACGAACGACAGAUCCGCCGUAAGAUGA